AUGGCCGAGCUACAGCCAGAGGCACAGCAGGACCAAUCGGGAAACCAGGCCUGGCCACAGGCAGGAGGGCAGCAGGGGCCGCCCGGGGGAGAGCAGCAUGAGCUGCCAAGGGAAGAGCAGCAGAAGCCGCCGGGGGUGGGGCAGCUGCCGGCAAGGGAGCAGCAAGCGGUGGAUGUGGAGAUGGCCGAGCUACUGCCAGAGCUGCAGCAGGACCAAUCAGGGAACCAGGCCCGGCUGCAGGCAGGAGGGCAGCAGGAGAUGCUGGGGGAAGAGCGGCAGGAGCUGCCAACAGGAGGGCAGCUGGAGCUGUCGGGGGGAGGGCAGCAGGAGCUGUCGGAGGGGGAGCGGCGGGAGUUGCCGGCGCGGGGGCAGCUGGAGGUCGCUAGUGCGGACUCUACAAGCCAAGCGAAGAGAACCCGGGCACGGGGCCGAGGCGGGAGACGACACGCCCGUAAGACGCAAGGGCGGACUGGAAGCGGUGCUGCCGCACAGCAGGCGGAGGGGCAGCCGGGGGCGACCGAGACAACCCCGGGAGCCCCGCGGGUGGGGGGGCAGCCCUGGGUGCCCGGGGCGCCCCAAGGAGAGCAGCAGCCAGGGGGGCAGCCGGGGGUGACCGGAGCACCCCAGGGAGAGCAACAGGCAGGAGGGCAGCCGAGGGUGCCCCGGGCACCCCAGGGAGUGCAGCAGGCAGGGGGGCAGCCGAGGGUGCCCAGGGCACCCCAGGGAGUGCAGCAGACAGGAGGGCAGCAGGGGGUGCCCGGGGCACCCCAGGGAGUGCAGCAGGCAGGAGGGCAGCCGAGGGUGCCCGGAGCACCCCAGGGAGUGCAACAGGCAGGGGGGCAGCCGGGGGUGCCCGGGGCACCCCAGGGAGUGCAGCAGGCAGGAGGGCAGCCGAGGGUGCCCGGGGCACCCCAGGGAGUGCAGCAGGCAGGAGGGCAGCCGAGGGUGCCCGGAGCACCCCAGGGAGCGCAGCAGGCAGGAGGGCAGCCGGGGGUGCCCGGGGCACCCCAGGGAGUGCAGCAGGCAGGAGGGCAGCCGGGGGUGACCGGAGCACCCCAUGGAGUGCAGCAGGCAGGAGGGCAGCCGAGGGUGCCCUGGGCACCCCAGGGAGUGCAGCAGGCAGGAGGGCAGCCGAGGGUGCCCGGGGCACUCCAUGGAGUGCAGCAGGCAGGAGGGCAGCCGGGGGUGCCCGGGGCACCCCAGGGAGUGCAGCAGGCAGGAGGGCAGCCGAGGGUGCCCGGAGCACCCCAGGGAGUGCAACAGGCAGGGGGGCAGCCGGGGGUGCCCGGGGCACCCCAGGGAGUGCAGCAGGCAGGAGGGCUGCCGAGGGUGCCCGGGGCACCCCAGGGAGUGCAGCAGGCAGGUGGGGAGACGGGGGUGCCCGGAACACCCCAGGGAGUGCAGCAGGCAGGAGGGCAGCCGAGGGUGCCCGGGGCACCCCAGGGAGUGCAGCAGGCAGGAGGGCAACCGAGGGUGCCCGGGGCACCCCAGGGAGUGCAGCAGGCAGGGGGGCAGCUGGGGGUGCCCGGAGCACCCCAGGGAGUGCAGCAGGCAGGAGGGCAGCCGAGGGUGCCCAGGGCACCCCAGGGAGUGCAGCAGACAGGGGGGCAGCCGAGGAUGCCCGGGGCACCCCAGGGAGUGCAGCAGGCAGGAGGGCAGCCGGGGGUGCCCGGGGCACCCCAGGGAGUGCAGCAGGCAGGAGGGCAGCCGAGGGUGCCCGGAGCACCCCAGGGAGUGCAACAGGCAGGGGGGCAGCCGGGGGUGCCCGGGGCACCCCAGGGAGUGCAGCAGGCAGGAGGGCUGCCGAGGGUGCCCGGGGCACCCCAGGGAGUGCAGCAGGCAGGUGGGGAGACGGGGGUGCCCGGAACACCCCAGGGAGUGCAGCAGGCAGGAGGGCAGCCGAGGGUGCCCGGGGCACCCCAGGGAGUGCAGCAGGCAGGAGGGCAACCGAGGGUGCCCGGGGCACCCCAGGGAGUGCAGCAGGCAGGGGGGCAGCCGGGGGUGCCCGGAGCACCCCAGGGAGUGCAGCAGGCAGGAGGGCAGCCGAGGGUGCCCAGGGCACCCCAGGGAGUGCAGCAGGCAGGAGGGCAGCCGAGGGUGCCCGGGGCACCCCAGGGAGUGCAGCAGGCAGGAGGGCAACCGAGGGUGCCCGGGGCACCCCAAGGAGUGCAGCAGGCAGGGGGGCAGCCGGGGGUGCCCGGAGCACCCCAGGGAGUGCAGCAGGCAGGAGGGCAGCCGAGGGUGCCCAGGGCACCCCAGGGAGUGCAGCAAACAGGGGGGCAGCCGAGGAUGCCCGGGGCACCCCAGGGAGUGCAGCAGGCAGGUGGGGAUCCGGGGGUGCCCGGAACACCCCAGGGAGUGCAGCAGGCAGGAGGGCAGCUGGGGGUGCCCGGGGCAUCCCAGGGAGUGCAGCAGGCAGGAGGGCAGCCGAGGGUGCCCCGGGCACCCCAGGGAGUGCAGCAGGCAGGAGGGCAGCCGAGGGUGCCCGGGGCACCCCAGGGAGUGCAGCAGGUAGGAGGGCAGCCGAGGAUGCCCGGAGCACCCCAGGGAGAGCAGCAGGCGGGGGGGCAGCCGGGGGUGACCGGAGCACCCCAGGGAGAGCAGCAGCUAGGGGGGCAGCCGGGGGUGACCCGAGCACCCCAGGGCGAGCAGCAGGCAGGGGAGCAGCCCGGGGUGACCGGAGCACCCCAGGGAGUGCAGCAGGCAGGAGGGCAGCCGAUGGUGCCCGGGGAACCCCAGGGAGUGCAGCAGGCACGAGGGCAGGGAGUGCAGCAGGCAGGAGGGCAGCCAAGGGUGCCCGGAGCACCCCAGGGAGAGCAGCAGGCAGGGGGGCAGCCGGGGGUGACCGGGGCACCCCAGGGAGCGCAGCAGCCAGGGGGGCAGCCGAGGGUGCCCUGGGCACCCCAAGGAGCGCAGCAAGCAGGGGGGCGAUCGAUGGACGACCAGGAGCAACAGUUGGAGGAGUGGUGUCGACUUUUGGAGUUUGAUACCCCCAUGGCGACUGCGGAGGAGUCAGAGGCGGACGAAGAACCUCCCAUGCCGCCUUCCCCAUGCCCCCGCUUUCCGUGUGACACGUGUUUCCACACUUCCGCUACGCGAGGGGCCGCUGCGAACCACAUGAGGGUAUGCCGGGCAGCUGAGGCGGAGAGGCGUGCACAGGCUCUCCUGGUGGAGACCGACACGCAGGAGCGAUCGACGCCGCGGGAAUUUGGGGACGAGGCGUGGGCUGGGGUUACGUCAUGGGAAUGGGAAACUUUUUUCAGUGUGGAGGCGGUUGGAGGGAGGACAGUGCGCCGGAUCCCACAGCGGGCCAGGCAUAGGUCAGAAGGCGCUGAUCACAGAGCAGUUGGGUGCGUUCUGGGAGGGGAGGUGGCGGGAGCUGUUCGACUCUGCCAUGGUGGCGGCGCGGCCAGCAGUUCGCCCACUUUCCUACACUUGCUCUGA